ACACAGGAAGGUCACACCAUCCCUCACCAUCAUCAGGGUGAAGAUCUGCUUAACAUGAAAGUUGAGGGUGAAGUAGAAAAGAAGCAUGUGAGGGAUGAUCAGCAACAUAUGGAGGAGGUUUGGAUGACGAGGAUAUUCAAAGAGGAGGACACUCCUACAGAUAUCAGCACAGGACACGCCAGCGAGAUACUCUCCAAGGAUCGUCUCGCCUUAUCUCCAGUUUGUAAAAUGGAAGAUGAGGACAUCACACCAGAUUGUCUUUUCUCCUACCCAAUGAACUCAACAAGCAAUGAUGGCUUUCACAGAGUGGAUAGACCAUCGAACCCCCCUGACUCUGAGCGGCUAUAUAUUACGGGGGAUGGUGUUAGAAUCAAGGGAGAGAAGAGUUCUUAUCCUGAUUAUGGGGAAAAUUUGAAUUCUGAUUUAGGUCUUAAUGCGCAUAAAAGCUCAGACGAGCUAUAUACCUGUUCUGAGUGUGGGCAUUGUGCACAAAAAUCAGAACUCGCCAUUCACUACAAUUCUCUUACAAAGGAGAGGUUAUAUUCCUGUCCUGAGUGCGGGAAAGAUUUUUCAGAGACGUCCCAUUUUCACACGGAGAGGUUUCAAAUAGGUGACAAGCCAUUUUCCUGCGCUGAGUGUGGGAAAUGUUUUUCAGGGAAGGCCUACCUUAUGGUACAUCUGAGAUCUCACACAGGGGAGAGGCCUUUUUCCUGCACAGAGUGUGGGAAAGGGUUUUCACGGAAGUCCAUUCUUAACAUGCAUCGGAGAUCUCACACGGGGGAUAGACCAUAUGCCUGCCCUGAGUGCGGGAAAUGUUUUUUACAGAAAAAGCAUCUUAACACGCAUCAAAAGUCUCACACGGGUGAGAAGCCGCAUUCCUGCCUUGAGUGCGGGAAAUGUUUUUCGGAGAAGUCACCUCUUCGUAGACAUCAGAGGAUUCACACUGGGGAGAGGCCAUAUUCCUGCCCCGAGUGCUGGAAAUCUUUUGCACAGAAAUCAGACCUUGAUAGACAUCAAAGAUCUCACAGAGGGGAGAAGCCGUAUUCCUGCUCCGAGUGCGGGAAAUGUUUUUCAGAGAAGUCCAGCCUUAACAAACACCAGAGGACUCACUUGGGAGAGAAGCCGUAUUCUUGCCCUGAGUGCGGAAAAUGUUUUGCACAGAAAUCAGAUGUUGGUAGACAUCAGAGAUCCCACAGAGGGGAGAAACCGUUUUCAUGCCCUCAGUGCUGGAAAUGUUUUUCACAGAAGGCCAAUCUUUAUAAACAUCAGAGGGCUCACUUGGCUGCGAAAAUGUAAUCCUGUUCUGAAGUGCGUGAAUUUGUUUUAUAGACCUCUUAACUUUAUGAAGAUCAGAGAUUUUAGACAGGGAGAGAGAAGCCACAUUUCUUGCCUUGAGUGGAGGAAAUGUCUUCUUUUCUGAAUCAUAUUUUGCUGUACAUCAGAGAUCUCAUACUGGGAAGAAGCACACCUUCAUACUGUAUGCUCUUUCAUUCUUCAUAAUACCGUGUUUCUCCAAAAAAAUAAGACCUAGUGUUAUAUUCCAGGAGGGCUGCAAUAUAAGUCCUACCCUGAAAAUAAGCCCUAGUUUAAA